UGGUGUAAAGCUGCCCUGGCGUUAAGAGGAAACAACGUUUCUCAAGUUCAAGUCAGAAUUGCAUAAAAAAGUAGAAAAAAAACACUUACCAUUUUAGGGAAGUAUAACAGGAAGUUGAAGCUGUAGUGCUCUGAACUUGAGAGUAAAGAGGGAGACCAAGAAGCAAGACUCGUCAGAUCAGACGGAUUAAAAUGCUUUUAUUCUGGAUACUGCUGCUUCUCCUUACAGCUCCAUCAGCUGUAACUGGAGAUAAUACCGCCUCCAUCACUGUCAGAGUUGGAGAAGACGUCACUUUACCCUGUGGGAAUGUGAUCAAAAAUCAACUGAACUGUAACUCUACUUCCUGGCUUUACAGUUCUGGUUUAAGUGUAACAGCAGAAGAGCUGAUAACACAUGGAAAUAUAAGUAAAAGUAAUAAAAUAGCUAAAGCUAAAUCAGAGAGACUACGUGUUAAAGAGGACUGUUCUCUGGUUAUAAAACAUGUCACACGUGAGGAUGUUGGACGUUACGCCUGCAGACAGUUCACACCAGGAGAACAAGCUUCAGACGCUUUUGUGUUUCUGUCUAUGAUCACCAUUGACACAGAUUCCGCUUCAAGAUUUUACUGUAAUGUGGUCGGUUAUGGAGACUGUGAACACACAAUUCAGUGGUAUUAUACUGGGGAUGAUCAUGAAAUAUCAGUGACACAUUAUACCUGCUCAGCCACUGUAGCAUUUUCAACUACUGCUGAGAGGUCAGACUAUGAUCAGCUGUUUUGUAAUGUGACGGAUAAAAAGAGCAGACAAACUCUGCAGUGUGACGCCAUCUCUGAGUCAUGUCAGAAAUCAGAAUCAAAUGGAGACAGGUCAUCAGAGACAGAAGGAAACAUUCCUCCACCAUACCCCGAAACACCAGAAUCAAAAGAAGAUACGUCAUCAGAGAAAGAAGGAAACAUAGGCGACCAAACUCCCCCUCCGGACCCUAAAACACCAGAUUGGUUGCCGUUUGUCGUUGCUGCUGUUGGUUUAGCAGCAUUCGUUGUCUUUAUGUUGGUGGUCAUCAUCAGACGGAAGAAAAGCCAAGGGAAUGAAAUACAGAGAAAGAAUAAAGCUGAACAGAGUCUGGAUCCUGCAGUGACUCAGCCAGGUCCAGUCACAGGUCAAGAGAAGGAGGAUCCUGAAGACGUUGUUGCUUACGCCUCCAUCAGCUACACCAAGCAGGGUAACGGUAAAGCCUGGGUUGGUGGUGAUGAUGAUGAUGGUGCAGUGACAUACAGUACUGUGAAAGCUUCCUCUCCUCAUAAUGAAGCCUCCGUCGAUCCCAGCAGUCUCUACGCCACCGUCAACAAAUCCAACAAGAAAGCGACAUCAUAGCUGCAGCUCAUGCCAUCAGACUGGUUUGAUAUUCAUAAAUGAAAGGAAACAUAGAGAGUGACUGCCAUUAGAGUUCACUCAUGCUGUGCUACUGAUAUGUUUGCAGGAUUGUUUAUGCAGAAGAUGGUUUAACAUUUAUUUAUAUUUUGUAUAUUCUCUGUGCAUCACCUGAUUUUUGGCAGGGUUUUUGGGAUGUUAUAGGACAAGAGCUCAGCUGCAUCAGGUUGAUAUUUCCAGCACUUCAUUAAGAAAAGCUUCAACUUUAAAUGACAUAAGGAUAUGGCCACAUUAUUUUCUGUUGCAGGGCAGCUUUUAUGAUAGUCUGUUAGACUUAAGUGGGUGUAAUAAGGUAUUUUUUUGCAUCAAAUAAAUUAAGAAGUUA